GGUGACGCACAGAAGUAGCAGCAUUUCAAGUGAGCAUUAAGACGACACACAGUCAAAUAUUUCUAGUUGAGACUGAACAAACAACUGGUGGAGUUCUGAAAACCAGCCCAACUGGUGGACUAUCCUCUUGAGACUCAGUUUGGUCAAUACUAGGAACAACUGGACCUGUAUUGUUACUGAUAGUGACAGAAAAUCAGGCUGUCACAGAUGCCUUUAGUGCAUGAUUGAGGGCAUAUGAUCUUGAAAUUAUUUUUACUUUCUUCCAAGAGACAUCAGUUAUUUAAAUUUUCCUCUGUCUUUGUCUCCUGAGUUUGGUGGAAAUAUUUUCUCCGCUUACCUUCUUAAAGCUGAUAAAAAAAAUAGCCUGCAUUUUCAUUGAAGAUAGAAAGUGCGGCACACUGGGGUUUGUCCUGAGAGAUUACAAGAAGAAUGCUGGUCCCGGGUGCACUAGGGCAGGAUGGAGUUGUGUUGGCAGUGCACGUCAGCUGCUAGAUGGUUGUCGUUGAUGCUGCUAUGGCAGUGGGCAGUGCUGGGUCGUCUCGGCUGGUUUUUGGUUCUUGCUGCUGCUCCAGAUCAGCAUGCCACCUCCACAAAUGCUGCCAGGGCAGACGGGCACCUGGAGUGGCUUCUCUUUGACAGGGGACCUUUUCACCGCUCCCCAGAGUAUACCGACUUUAAGGAAAGGUUCCAACAAGGCUUCACCACCAGAUACAAGAUCUACAGAGAGUUCAGCCACUGGAAAGUGAACAAUUUGGCUGCAGAACGGCGGGACUAUUUUAAGGCCCCCCUACCCCUGACCCCCGAGUUCAUUCGUAAUCUGAGACUGCUGGGACGCCGGCCCAGUCUGCAGCAGAUCAAUGAAAACCUGAUCAGGAAAUACGGGACCCACUUUCUGGUGUCGGCCACACUAGGAGGAGAAGAAUCACUUACUAUAUUUUUGGAUAAGCAGAAGUUGAGCCAAAAAGCGGAAGGCAAUGGCAACAGUUCAGCUGCAACUCUGGAGACCCUGCAUCAGCUGGCAGCCUCUUAUUUUAUUGACAGGGAGAGUACGCUAAGAAGACUGCACCAUCUCCAGAUAGCAACCUCCGCCAUCAAGGUAACAGAAACCAGGACUGGACCUCUAGGAUGCAGUAAUUAUGACAGCCUAGAUUCAGUCAGUUCAGUCUUAGUGCACAGUCCUGAAAACAAAAUCAAUUUACAAGGCCUCCAGGACAUCCUCCCAGAGUUUCUUCAGAACCGUUUCGUGGAGGCGGCCCUCAGCUAUGUGGCCUGCAAUUCAGAGGGUGAGCUUCUCUGUCGCAACAAUGACUGCUGGUGCCAAUGCAGUGGCAAGUUUCCGGAGUGCAACUGUCCUUCCACAGAUAUCAACAUUAUGGAGGACAAUCUGCGUAAAAGCAAAAAAGCCUGGGCCAGCUUUAAUGCAGACUUUGAGGAAUCAGAUGAAUACAAGGCUUUCCUGAAGAGACUCCCGACUGAUCGUUUUUUGAAUACAUCAAUCAUAUUCCAGUUCUGGGUGGCAGACACCAGUCUCCAGCGACGUUAUGGACAAUUGGAAGCCGGCAGCAGGCUGCUUCUUGAGAAAGCACAAAAGAUUGUCCGCAAACUUUUCAUGUUGAGCAAACGCUGCCCAAAACAGCCAAAGAUUAGCCUCCCCAGGGAAAGACCUUUGAGUUUUUGGCUGAACCGUGCCCAGUCCCUCUUAUACUGCAAUGAGCACAGCACUCCAGGAAUCUUUUCUGAAGAGGUCCAUGGCUGUACCUGCCCCUUUGAUCAGACAGCCUGCCAGGGGACAGUCCCGUGCAUGGUGGCGGAUGCAGCAGCUUGCUCCUCCUGUGCCCCUGACAAUCUCACCCGCUGCGCCAGCUGCAACCCAGGCUACCUGCUGCUUCAUGGUGCCUGCAAGCCCAAAGUUGCUGACUCUCUGGAUCACUACAUCAACUUUGACUCAGCCAUGCCAGACGCAGAGUUGAAGUAUCUCCUGCAGCAUCUGGACAGCAGGGUGGAAGUGCACGCCAUUUACAUCAGCAACGACAUCCGCCUAGGCAGCUGGUUCAACCCGGCCUGGCGCAAGCGUAUGCUUCUCACCCUAAAGAGCAACAAGAACAAGUCCAACCUCAUCCACAUGCUAAUGGGUAUCUCCUUCCAGAUCUGUUCCACCAAAAACAGUUCCCUGGAGCCAGUGCCUGCAAUCUAUGUAAACCCCUUCGGGGGAAGUCACUCUGAUAGUUGGUUCAUGCCUGUAAGCCAACAAGAUUUCCCAGACUGGGAAAGAACUAAAUUGGACGACGGACUUCAAUGCUACAACUGGACCUUAAUGAUGGGCACCAAGUGGAGGUCAUUUUUUGAAACUGUCCACAUCUACUUGAGGAGCCGGAUCAGGUCAGACGAUCCUAGUAGCAAUGAAACUCUCUUUUAUGAGCCUUUAGACCUCGGAAAUGGUUCAGACGACAUGGGCUACAUGAAGAUAAACAGCAUCAAGGUGUUUGGUUACAGCAUGCACUUUGACCCAGAAGGGAUUAGAGAUCUGAUCAUGCAACUGGACUAUCCCUACACUCAGGGAUCUCAGGACUCAGCUUUCCUCCUCCUGUUGGAAAUGCAAGAGCGGGUUAACAGGCUGUCCCCACACAACCCCCAGCGCCUGGAUCUCUUCUCCUGUUUGCUGCGGCAUAGGCUCAAGCUCUCCACUAGUGAGGUGGUUAGAAUUCGAGACUCUCUCCAGGCCUUUAGCUCCAAACUGCCAAACACAUCUGAUCAGAAACUAACCCAGCUAUGCAGUUAGAUUUGGACUCUGGGUGGUAUGUCAUGCCCCAAAAGAGAAGCUCUUAUUGUACAUGUUUAAUGGCACAUAACUAUUUUCAGUUGUGUAUACAUUUAAAUGAGGCAGAAGUUUGAGCAUGCAUGCUCUUUUUCAAGGUUAAUCAUAGGUGGAAGGAAAUUAGUUAAGAUGACCUUGCUGUUCAUCAACAAAAAUCUUUAUUUCAGAAGAGCAGAUGGGAGAUUGGUUUGACGUUGUUUAUGAAGCACAGCAUUCAGAAGAAGAAGCAGGAUAAACCUGUCAGUCUAAAAGUACACAACUUUUUUUCUUGUUUUACUUCUUUUGAAUGAUAGACAAAAAGAAAACAGAUUUUUUUACAGAACAUUUUGAUUGUAUUGAAUGUUGUGUUUCAGUAGUCUUUAUGUUGCAGGUGAACAAAGAAUGAAGAGCAGGUUUGGUUAUUACUGUACAUAAUCACCCUGUAUUACCCAUUGUUGCGUCUCUGCCUUUCAGUACUAUUCCACACUGUGCUUUGAAUGCGGGUCCAAGGAAUGUAAAUUGUAAUGUUUAGCUUUGUUAUUAAAUAUACUUGGGCACCAAAUUUCCAAUAAAUAGAACACCUUAUCAAGGGUUACCCCUGCAUUCACUUGAGCACAAUUAAGUCAGUGAGAUAUACUAACUAGAUUAUCAAAUUUAAAAAGUGGUUAAGUCACUCUUUAGUUUGUGAUUUCAUUGAAAUUAUGAAUCCCCUGUUCACUUGUGACUGACCUAAAAGAAAACUUUUUUGUGAUUCAGGACAGAAGUAAUCUUCUUUAAAUUGAAGACAGUGUCUUACAGUGGUUACAAAGGCCAAGAUAACAUUCAGUGUCUUUGUUGUUAAUUUAUAUACUUUAUUUAUCUACUAAUUGUGUAUUGUUUCCAAAUAAUAAAGUGAAAUGUGGAAAUUGUAAAAGUAAAAAUACCAAAACUAUUGUGAAGAUUUGUGUCUGUAUUUUUCCUUAUGUGGAGGUGUUCAUAUUUGGCAACCAAGCACACUUAUACAAUAACUGAACGAAAGCUAUUGCACAUUUGGCAGUGCAAUUUAAGCUGAAGAUAAGUUUUGAGCUGUCUGAAGCACUGAACAACUGAUUUGCCAAAGUACUCCCUCCUUUUAAAGCAACCAUUUCCCCCUUGCUUCUCAUUUGCAUAUCUGAAUCCUGUAUCAACAGUUUUAUUAUGAAAUAUCUUCUUAAAGUUUCUCUUCACAAGAUUUUGGACUUUUGUUUUGUACAUAAUCUUUUCUCUGAGGUUUGACGUGUUACUAUAGCAACACACACUUGGCGCUUGCUCAGUUGAACACCUCAGCUGGAACUGUGAUGAAAGUGGAUGUGAUCAGCACUUCUGUCUAUAUGCCUAGCAUUUUUACGUAGACACAAAAACUAUUGUAUAAUUUCAGCUUGCCAAAGGAUUUGCAGUCAGCAUGUCAAUCACAUGCUAAACUUGUGGAAUUGUUGUUGUUCAGCCUGGGAUUAGUUAACCUAAACCAUGCCUUUUUUCAAUUCUUAUAAAAUCUUUACUGAAAAGCCAUUGUGUUGGGGGCAAUGGAUGAAAAGCAAGGUAACAAUAUUCAGCAACUUAAUUACAGAGCAGCCUUUUACAUACUUCCCUCACAUCAGAGUAUCAUAAACUCUGUCAAGCCGUUCUUUUUGUUUUGCAUAGUCACAACAUGCAGUAUUUUAAACCGUGCUGUAAUGGUAAGGCCAAAAAGAAAUAUUGCUUUUUCAGCACAUGACUAAAAAAUGUGUACAUCACUGUUAAAAUGGCAAAUAUUCGAUGGCGAUGGUAAUGUGUCAUUGCCACUUCUUGUCAAACAGUUUAGGUACUGACUAAAACCCAAGGUUCUCUGUGAAGUGCUUUGGUUUUCUCACUGUAGGACUAUACUGAUGGGGCAGCUCCUGAAUGUAUUCCUAAAAUGGGCAUCAGCUGGAGUUUGUAAAUACAAGUUGUUUAUCUUUGUGUCAUUUAUAAAUCAUUGCCUGCCCUUCAACUAAUCCUUGCUACUCUGAGGAAUAGCUAAUCAAUCAAGGAGUGUCUUUAAUGCUGACUUAACUCUUAAUGACUGUCCAGCGAGAAAAAAAAGAAAACAUUUUGUAAAGAUUAUUCUCUUUCAAUGAUUUAUAAGGCCUCAACAUAACAGCAUUGGGAUUCUGUGUUGAAACUUGUCAAAAGCAGCAACUCCUUAGCUUUUCUGUCAUUUGGGUUUCUUUAUUUAAUGGCAUAUUUUUCUAUCCCCCCAUUAUAUCAUUCCACCAUCACCAGUAAGAUGGUAGGAGUGAGUGCAUGUUCACCUGUAGUAGCCUCUGCCUGUCCCAACCUGCUCCCGGAUCAUUGAAUGAGCCGGCAUGGCUUACUUCAAGCUUCCUCAAUAAAAUAUUCUGUUGACAUAGAUCAUUCUCAAAACUAACCAUAGAAGUGGUCUUUAAGAAAAUUGAUUAGGUGAGGGUUAUAAUUUGGGUUUGACAAGGAGUUAGAGAUUAUAUUUACUGUAGUCUUUCAAACAUGAAUUUGCUAAUUCUUGGGUUAGAAUAUGAAAGUGUCAUGAUAGGUAAGGAUAAGAAUUCAGGACAGGGUUCAAUUAAGUGCUGUUAGGUGUUUGGGUUAACAUUGCAUUUUGGGAUGGAGGUGUUUAAAUAAGUCUUUCCAAUCCAAAAAGUUUUUAUAUGUACAUUUUUCAUCCCCUCAUGCAUUCUAAGAAAUCAGCAUGAGAAAGAUCCAGAAGUUUAAAAGUUAAUGUAAUCCCAGGGUUGCCAAUGCACACAAACAAUGUACUGAAGAGGUUACUUUAGUGCAUGGAGUCUAGUGCCAUAUUCUUUCACAAUCCCCGAAAGUUGUACUAUACCAGAAUGAAAUCCAGCUGCUGGUAUACUUUGUUCCAUGUUGAUGGGAUUUUGAU